UCUUAACGCGACAGAAGGAGUGUUUUCGGCCAACGUCCCGAUUCGUGGAAGGACAUGUUCGCAGACGGACGUCUGGAACCUUCUGGCGCUCUCGUGCCCUCGGCUAUAAUCCCCGCGCUCUCGCUCGCACGAGCCGGAAAUCUGCUUUUCAUUCGUCCCCGGGCUCAGAGUGGCGGCCACUUGACGGAGGUCUGAAGCAUUGUUGGUUGGAGUAGAAAGAAGCCGCUGCGGCCGCGCUUUCGUUUCUUAGUAAUUGCGCGUUUGAUCGAGGUUUUCGACAAUUAGUCGCGACCUAUUAUCCUCUUCGUCGACGUACUUGAGAGGUCGCCGACCCCCGCCGCGCUUCGUUGUCGAUUGGUUGAUCGGUCGAUUCAUCGAUCCGUUCUAGGAGCUCAGGUUGCCCCGAUGGCUGACGACGACUUUGAGUUUCCUUCCGGCGCCGAGGAGGUCGAGGAGGAAAUGGAUAAUGACGCGGACGUCACUUCCCAUGUCCCUCAAAAGGACGGCGAGGAGAGAGAUCUCGUCAAGGGUGGUGCUUUGAAGAAACUAAUCGUGAAGUCUGGAUCCGGAUGGGAGACGCCCGAGAAGGGAGAUGAAGUUAAAGUGCAUUACACUGGUACUCUACUGGAUGGUACGAAGUUUGACUCGAGCCGGGACAGGGGAGAUCCAUUCGUGUUCACCCUGGAUCAAGGUCAGGUAAUCAAAGGAUGGGACGUCGGUGUUGCGACCAUGAAGAAGGGCGAACAGGCCAUUUUCACCAUAGCUCCAGAGUAUGCAUAUGGAGAGGCGGGCUCGCCUCCAACUAUUCCAGCCAAUGCUACUCUUAAAUUUGACGUCGAGUUGAUUUCCUGGGCAAGCGUGAAUGACAUUUGCAAGGAUGGUGGUAUUAUCAAGAAGAUAAUCAAGCAAGGAGAAAAGUGGGAGGUACCGAAGGACCCUGACGAAGUUACUGUUAAAUACCAAGCACGACUUACAGAUGGAAAGAUCGUCUCGAAAUCGGCUGAUGCUGGCGUGGAAUUCGUCCUCAAGGAAGGGUUCUUCUGCCCGGCGAUUACGAAGGCUGUGAAGCUAAUGAAGAAAGGAGAGAAGGUCCAACUUUCUGUGAAGCCACAAUAUGGAUUUGGAGAUAAAGGUCGAGAGGCUCAAGACGGCGAUGCUGCCGUGCCACCGAAUGCGUCCCUUGAGAUUGACUUGGAAUUGGUAUCUUGGAAUUCUGUCGAGGAAGUAACUGAUGAUAGGAAAGUCAUGAAGAAGAUAGUGAAAGCGGGCGAUGGGUACGAAAAGCCCAAUGAUGGCAGUGUUGUGAAACUCCGCUAUGUAGCCAAGCUAGAGGAUGGUACCGUUUUCGAAAAGAGAGGUCAAGAUGACGAGGACCUAUUCGAAUUUGUCACAGAUGAAGAGCAAGUUGUCCCCGGUCUGGACAAGGCGGUGGCUACGAUGAAGAAAGGAGAAAGAGCUGUGAUUACCAUUUCCGCUGACUAUGGAUUUGGCGAUUCUGAGACGAAGAGAGAUCUUGCCGUAGUUCCCCCCAACUCGACCCUCAUUUACGACGUUGAAGUCGUGUCUUUUAUUAAGGAGAAAGAAUCAUGGGACAUGAGUGCUCCGGAAAAGAUAGAAACUGCGAUUAAAUUGAAAGAGGAUGGAAAUGCCCUCUUCAAAUCUGCUAAAUACACACGAGCCUGUAAAAAGUAUGAGAAGGCAUCCAAGCUCAUCGAGUACGAGAGCGGUUUUGAUGAUGAACAGAAGAAGAAAUGCAAGGUCUUGAAGGUCUCAUGUAACUUGAACAAUGCCGCUUGCAAACUGAAAGUGAAGGACUAUAAGGAAGUCAUUAAGCUUGCCACCAAGGUUCUGGAGGUCGAAUCUCAGAGUGUCAAAGCUUUGUUCAGGAGGGCCCAGGCUUACAUAGGGACCGCUGAUUUGGACUUGGCAGAACUGGACAUUAAAAAGGCUUUGGAGAUAGAUCCUACAAACAGGGAAAUUCGCUCGGAAUACAAAGUGUUGAGACAAAAGCAAAUAGAGCAAAAUAAGAAGGAAGCGAAGAUGUACGGAAAUAUGUUCAGUCGGUUGAGCAAGCUGGAAGCCAGUGAAAAGAAAGCGUCAAGUGAACCUAUGGAGGUGGAUGCUGUUAAGACUGGGUGGAAUUAAACGCCAACGAAAGGUUUAGGUAGGAGAGAGUAGGGAUACGAAUAGAACAGCAAAAUGACAUCGGGAGCAGUUGAUGGAAUGGGAGUAAGCCACUUUCUCACAUUCGGAGUUGACGAUGGUCUUCUGAGAAUGCGCCGAAGAUUCGUCGUCAACGCUCAGUGGCUACACCAAGCGCGGCAAUUUUGGACGAUAUGCAGUGUGGGGUUCAACUUCGGCAUGUGACUGGGGUGUUCAAAGAAAAGUCAGUGCCUUGUGCUCUUUAGCCACUGUAAGCAGGGAAAUUGAAAUGGAAGCUUACGUCACACUUUCAGCACGAAACAAAGAGUUGUUAAACGUGAAAUAUCGAACAUUCUUGCCUCAAACUCCCGCACAGUAUGCAAGGUAGUGUCUAUUUGUGAUGUAACUGCUUAAAUUGCAACAUGAAAAAGUUCAAAAAUAUCCUCAACGUACGAUA